GCCCUCCUGGAUGUGCCAAGGCUGGUCCCUGGCCAUUUCAGGACCCAGGUCAGCGCUCCCCUGAGUCAGUGUUGGGGCAGGAAUCUGCAGCCCCACCUCAGCCUCAGCACUUGCAGCCAUUCCUCAUCUUCAUCAUCCUCACAGAGCAUUGUAACUUUAUGUGUACGCAUAAAAACUGGAGGGACUUGUCUUAGAGUUUGCUGCUGCCACCACCGCUGCCGUUAGAGCAAGUUUAAUUAGCUGCAGGAUUUUAAUGAGCUGAAAUCAAGAAGAACCCCAUCUCAGAAGUGAGCAGGAGCUGCACACACGGAAGAAUUCGUCUGACAAAACAGAUGGAGGUGGUAUUCUCAGGGGACUGGGUUGUGUGCUUUGUUUCAACAAAGAGCAAAUGAGUUACUGGGGCCAGGAGGCUGAGGCAGGCAGCCGGGGAGGUCAGCCUCAGUGCUGGCCUCAGUGGGGGCAGAGCUGGAGGUACGGCCCCCUCUGCUGCCACGGCAGACUGCUCGGUGCCGGAUUCAAGGUGACGGCAGUGCCUGGCUCCAUUCUCCUCAAGUUGCCAUAGCAGCCUCUCUCCCGAUGAGCAGCUUCUCCUGGAGCCCUCAGCUGGGAGGGACGUCAUUGUUCGUUCCUGCCGGUUUGAGGAGGAGACUGGCUGGACAGAGAACUUUCCCAGGCCUGGGGUCUGCACACCAAGUGGGUUCACCCACAGGCAUGUGGCUGGAUGCCUCCUGCUGCCUCCAGUGGGGCAGUGGGUGGGUCCCCACAGCCAGAGGGGUCCUCUGAGUGACUGGGGGAAGUGUCCAGGCCUUGGAGCAGCUGCAGCCAAGUGUGCCCUUGGAACCGUCCGUCCGUCUGCCUGCCGGCCCUUCACCAUUGGAGCCCGUGGCCUGAUGGACGCCUGGUGUGGAUGAUGAAGGAAGAGCGCGCCUCCCACACCCGAGAGGUGACCCCGGAGCGAGCCCUGGAUGACCCCGAGAGCAGGAGCGAUGCGGCUGGCCUGCAUGUUCUCAUCCAUCCUGCUGUUCGGAGCCGCAGGCCUCCUCCUCUUCAUCAGUCUGCAGGACCCCACGGAGCUCGCCCCCCAGCAGGUGCCAGGAAUAAAGUUCAACAUCAGGCCACAGCAGCGCCACAACGACCUCCCACCAGGCAGUUCCCAGGAUGGUGACUUGAAGGCACCCACAGAGAGGGCCACUCGAGACUUGUCCAGCCGGGCCCCAAGAGGCCUCAACCUGCUGGUGCCAGAUCAGCCUCAACCUCGCGUAAACAGGGGGGCCCGUCUGCGUCCACGGCAGCGCCGCCGCCGUCUGCUUAUCAAGAAAAUGCCGGCUGCGGCGGCCAUUCUGACCAACAGCUCAGCCAGUACGUUCGUGCAGCCGGCACCCAGGGCCCUGGACAGCUACUGGGUCGGCCUGCAGCGGCGUCAGCAGGAACGCAAGCGAGUGAUGCAGGAGGCGUGCGCCAAGUACCGGGCAAGCAGCAGCCGCAGGGCGGUCACGCCCCGCCACGUGUCCCGCAUCUUCGUGGAGGACCGCCACCGCGUGCUGUACUGCGAGGUGCCCAAGGCGGGCUGCUCCAACUGGAAGCGGGUGCUCAUGGUGCUGGCAGGGCUGGCCUCAUCCACCACCGACAUCCAGCACAACACCGUCCACUACGGCAGCGCCCUCAAGCGGCUGGACACCUUCGACCGCCAGGGCAUCCUUCACCGCCUCAGCACCUACACCAAGAUGCUCUUUGUUCGCGAGCCCUUCGAGAGGCUGGUCUCCGCCUUCCGCGACAAGUUCGAACACCCCAAUAGCUACUAUCACCCUGUCUUCGGUAAGGCCAUCCUAGCCCGGUACCGGGCCAACGCCUCUCGGGAGGCCCUGCGGACGGGCUCCGGUGUGCGGUUCCCCGAGUUUGUCCAGUACCUGCUGGACGUGCACCGGCCAGUGGGCAUGGACAUCCACUGGGACCACGUCAGCCGGCUCUGCAGCCCAUGCCUCAUCGACUAUGACUUUGUGGGCAAGUUUGAGAGCAUGGAGGACGAUGCCAACUUCUUCCUGAGCCUCAUCCAUGCACCGCGCAACCUGACCUUCCCCCGGUUCAAGGACCGGCACUCGCAGGAGGCACGGACCACCGCGCGGAUCACCCACCAGUACUUCGCCCAGCUCUCAACCCUGCAGCGGCAGCGCACCUACGACUUCUACUACAUGGACUACCUGAUGUUCAACUACUCCAAGCCCUUUGCAGAUUUGUACUGAGGGGCGUGGGCAACCCUGCCCCACCCACUCACCUGUCGGCAGGCGGCAUCCCGCUCCUCCUAGGUCCUCACCUGGGAGCUGAGAUGUACCCAGAGAAACAGGGCUCUGAGGAGGUGAGGAGCCGUGGCUGCUGGGUGGUGCCGGCGCGUCAGGGGGGACAGAGGCCCAGGCCUUGAAUGGGGACCCUGGCCCUUGCCCCAUACCCACUUCCUCACUCCUCAAAUAAGGAAGAUGCUGGUGGUGGGUGAGCCGAACACCCCAGGAGUCCCAGCUGCCCAUAUCCAGCUCGGCCAAGAGUCAGGAUGACCAGGGAAGUCUGAGGCCCAGAGGACAGGGGCCCCAGCGGUAAGGGAUUUCCUGCAGUCCCUUAGCCAUUGCCUUGUACCAAACCACACGGUUUGCAGCUUUUCUAAGACCAAGGGGGGAAGGGUCCCUUGGGAUGAGUUUCCAAAUAAAGCACAUGGUUUC